AUGCAAGCAGAUAAUGCCUUUAUCAUCGAACAUUCUGCUCCUUCUAUACCACUUCGUGCUGGACCUGAUGAAGUGUAUGAUCGGGUUGCGCAAGUUGGCGAGGGUACGUAUGGGCAAGUGUUCAAAGCUAAAUCAGACAAGACUGGCAUCACUGUUGCACUUAAGAAGAUUCGAAUGGAGAGCGAAAGAGAUGGAUUUCCAAUCACAGCUUUACGUGAGGUGAAACUUUUGCAAGGUUUGAAGCAUGAGAACGUCGUCCGGUUGCAUGAAAUGAUGCUCAGCAAACAUUCGAUCUAUAUGGUUUUCGAGUAUUUACAGCAUGAUCUAAACGGUAUCUUGGCACAACCUUCGAUCACAUUCUCGCCUGCUCAUAUCAAAUCUCUUGCCGCGCAAUUGUUGUCUGGAUUGGCUUAUUUGCACAAACAUCGUAUCUUGCAUCGUGAUUUGAAAUGUUCAAAUCUACUUCUCAACAACGAGGGCACGCUUAAAUUGGCAGAUUUCGGUUUGGCAAGAACGUACGUCAAACAGACUCGUCCUUCUGCACGAAACAAAACGUUGGAUUAUACCAAUCGAGUGGUUACGUUGUGGUAUCGUGCACCCGAACUGUUAUUCGGUGAAACGAGCUAUGAUGAUGCGAUUGACGUUUGGGGCGCUGGGUGUAUCUUUUUAGAGCUCUUUCUCAGAAAGCCAAUCUUUCAAGGCAUGGAUGAGAUUCAUCAAGUUCAGUUGCUGUUUGAGAUCUUGGGACCGGUAUCCAAAGAUGAAUGGCCAGAGGCAGAGCGGCUGCCUUGGUUUGACUUGAUCCGACCAGCAAGCAACGAUGGGGAUGGCACUCUUAUCAAAUCACAUAAGGAGCAUUUGCGGAAUCUAGUUGGAUCAGAAGAACAAGUCCCAGAUGAUGCACUUGAAGUCGCCUUGGCAUUGCUCACCUAUAAUCCCCGAAAGCGUGUUUCAGCUGUUGAAGGUCUCGCAUUGUCCUACUUUACCACCAAUUCACCACCAGCCGAAAAGCCAGCAGCAUUAUUGCAAGCUGUUCAAGGUGAAUGGCACGAGUUUGAAAGUAGAAAAGCAAGAAGAGAUGCAGCCGCACAAGCAUUACAAGAUCAUGUUCAUCGUGAAAAAGAACAACAAAGGAUAAGGAGUGAGAUUGGACAACCGCAAAUGUCUGAUAAGGUCACAAUAACGCCUUCUACGCAAGAACCCGUUCAAGAUACCACGAUGAGCUCUAUCGCAACUCCAACAAUGAUCAUCGAUGAGGCAUUGCAACGAAAAGAGGAAAGAGAGGCAUCUGCAUGA